AUGGGGAAUCUUUUGUGGGCUGACAGUUACCUGGAUUAUUUCAUCCUAAAGAAUGAAAGUGUGCUGUUUGUCAAGGCUUUUAAUCAGAAAACAGCUGUCUGCCUCCUGUUCCUGUUUGUUUUCUCAAGUGCCUCCAACAGCAAACUUGCACCCUUCAUCUGCAGUGAUGUCAAGACAGAAUAUAACAAAACGGCAGCAAUUUCAUGCAUUGGCAGCAAGAAGAUUACAAAUGUGGUAGUUAAGCGCUGUGAUAACUGUAAUGAACAGAACUCGUGCUCAGAAAGUUUUAUUAACACGUGGAAAGGAAAGGAUUCCAGUGAAAAGGGAAGAAUUCAGUUGGUGCUACAACACAACGUUUCUGAAUUGCACAUACAGGAAGUAAAAGCAACUGAUCAAGGAGGUUAUAAAUGGUAUAUUUAUUCUGAUGCUGGGGAAGACGAUGGAUGUAUAACCCUUGAGAUUACAGCUCCAGAAAUUGAGCCUAUCCUAACUAGAAACGGAAGAAAGCUCGCCUGUCUGUCAUCUAUAGGGCAUCGAGAAAGGCAGAUCCAUUGGUUCGAUGGCCACGAGACUAACCUGACGGGCAGUGCAAGCCUGGUAUCUGAGGAAGCAGAAGGUGGUUUAACCAGCCUUACCAGCACUCUCCAUGAGAAACCCACCUUAACUGCCUCCGAGUAUUGCUGCACUGUGGUGUAUGAUGUGCACGCCAAGAGAAGCAAAACCAAGUGCAUUAGUGCCCACAAAGCAGUCGCCGAUUACCUUCAUUUUACUUCAAACCCAGAUCAGGAAAUUCUGAAGACCAUGGAAGCUCAGGAAAUUCCAAAGACCAUGGAAGAGCACAUUCCCAUCAUUCUAGUGCUCAUCGUUCUGGUUCUCUGCUGUUUUGCAGCUGUUCUAUACUACAGGCACCGCCAGCGAGCAAUGGCCAGAGGGAGUUUUGCAGACCUAUUAAGGACCCUCCUUCCAAUUUUGAGACAAUAUGAAAACGUAGAAGAAAAAUCACUUAACCAAGAAGUGUGAUGUGUGAAAAUAAGAUGGCUCCUGAAUGAAAACGAUGAUCCAACCUGCACCAAUGCAACUGAAUUUAAGCAAAGCAGUAGAUACAGAAACUCAAAGAUUUAGUACAUCAUGCUAAGCAAUUAAACAAUGUGAAGCAACUAGCAUUUUAAAGACUUUUUUUGUCAGACAUCCCCCGUUUUGCAGACAGAAACCAACAGAACUCCACUGGCCAUCACCUACAGUCCUCAGCUUAAACC